AGCAGCAAGGGGAAAAGCAGGCUGAUUAAGUCAGGAGUUUGUUUUUGUUUUUGGUUUUUGAAUUUUGGAUUGGAGCGAGGGGGGGGUGGUUACCAUGUUCGACUGUAUGGAGGCUCUGGGGAUGGGACCUCGUCAGCUCUACGAUGUCACGAACCGCGGGGCAUGCAUGCUACGAAAGGCCAGUCCCUUCUUCCCAGGGCUGGACCCUUUCGCCUGGACGGGGACAGCCAGCAUUCAGUCGGUGGAGACACAGAGCACCAGCUCAGAGGAAAUGGUGCCCAGUUCACCUUCUCCACCUCCACCACCCCGCGUCUACAAGCCUUGUUUCGUGUGCCAGGACAAGUCUUCCGGCUACCACUAUGGAGUCAGCUCCUGUGAGGGCUGCAAGGGUUUCUUCCGCCGCAGUAUCCAAAAGAACAUGGUGUACACCUGCCACCGGGACAAGAACUGCCAGAUUAACAAGGUCACACGUAACCGCUGCCAGUACUGCCGCCUGCAGAAGUGCUUCGAGGUUGGCAUGUCCAAGGAAGCUGUCCGUAAUGAUCGCAAUAAGAAGAAAAAGGACGUGAAGGAGGAAGUGUUACCACCUGAGAGCUAUGAGCUGAGUGGAGAACUGGAGGAACUGGUGAACAAAGUCAGCAAAGCCCACAGAGAGACUUUCCCUUCAUUGUGCCAGCUUGGAAAGUACACCACCAACUCAAGCUCAGAUCACCGUGUUCAGCUGGACCUGGGCCUUUGGGAUAAGUUUAGUGAGCUUUCCACCAAGUGUAUUAUCAAGAUUGUGGAGUUUGCCAAGCGUCUUCCCGGCUUCACAUCUCUCACCAUAGCUGACCAGAUCACCCUCCUUAAAUCAGCCUGUCUGGAUAUUCUGAUGCUGCGUAUCUGCACACGUUACACACCAGAACAGGACACCAUGACCUUCUCAGAUGGGUUGACUCUGAACCGCACACAGAUGCACAACGCCGGCUUUGGCCCACUCACUGACCUGGUCUUUGCCUUUGCUGGUCAGCUGCUGCCCCUGGAGAUGGACGACACAGAGACUGGCCUCCUCAGUGCCAUCUGCCUCAUUUGUGGAGAUCGUAUGGAUCUGGAGGAGCCUCAGCGUGUGGACCGGUUGCAGGAACCUCUUCUGGAGGCAUUAAAAAUCUAUGCCCGUCGCCGCCGACCCAACAAACCCCACAUGUUCCCCCGCAUGCUCAUGAAGAUCACAGACCUGCGUGGCAUCAGCACCAAGGGAGCAGAGAGGGCCAUCACUCUGAAGAUGGAAAUACCAGGCCCUAUGCCUCCACUCAUCAGAGAGAUGCUGGAGAACCCAGAGGCAUUUGAAGACCAGGCUGAGUGCUGUGAGAGCAAAGUGGAGACUCCUCCUGCACCUCCUCCUCUACCCGUCCCUCCCAUAUCCAACAUGAAGACCGAGAGGGAGGACGAGGAGGAGAGCUGGGGCACAGAGAACGGCAGCGAGCCUUCACCAGAGGAGGAGGACGAUGAUGAGGAUGACGUGGAGGAGGAGCGGGGUACGGACAGCGACGGGGAGGCCUGGGGAAGUCAGGAGGCCAACGUGGACAUUCAGAGGAAGAGUCAUGUGGGAAGAGCCCAGUGAAAGGCUUUGUCCAAACAUGUACACACACCUCAUCUCCCUCCACCCCUCAUAUCUCCCUCAAACUCUCCUGUCCCUCAACCCACUCCCCUUUACUCCUCUCCCUGACCUUAAUCUGCCUCACGUGGAGGCAGGAGCAGAGCCUUACCUGCACAGACACCUCAAACUCAGGCCUCUCAGUCAACGCUGAAUGACAGUGUGAGACAGU